AAAGCGUUCAAUGGCAUCACCAGAAGGUUGGCUCAUAUCCGAGACAUAUAAAAUUCUGAGAGGUGCUUUUUCCUCGGUGUAAUAUCAAAUUGUGGCCAUUUGCAUUUUAAAUGUGAAAAAAAAUUCAGAGACUGUGUUGCGUUGCGAACGUAGUGGGUUAGUUCCGAUAAACAUUAAAUUUUAUGACCUGUUUGAAGUGAACUGUUUAAAUGGAAGUAUAUUUACUCUACGACGCAAAAAUGCAAUUUGUUAGUUGCACCGAAAUCGAAUUUUUGUUGAUAGUCUGUGUGAAAUGAUUUUUGUUUCGAAUUUCGUGCUAGAGCCAUAGAUUUGUGGUCUGGGUCUUUGAGGUAUAUAACGGCACGAUUAUUUCAAGCAAAACCCAAGUAUACAAAACAUUCGGUUUCUCUACAUACAUUUAAUUACAGGGUAGGACAGAUAUUCUGACUGGAUAAACUGGGAAAACAAUUUUUAGUCCAGUAACGCUUACGACAUGGCUCGAAUUUGAAUCGAAAAAGAACACCCGCUUAAACUGCUGCUAGGACGAAAUUUCUUCGAAUGUAUAAGUAUGUCCCAGACUAUAACCGAAAUGGAUAAUGGAAGCUGUAAGAAUAUGGUAUCGAAUCUACCACUACUCUUUGCUGGUGGAUAUCCAACUUCGCUGGAAAAAAUUAAUGAAACUCAGCUAGAAAAAUUUAUCCCGUUUAUGGUGCAGUGUUCCUUAGGAUAUAUUCAAAUCCCAACGCUGGAAGAAUAUAGUGAACCAGAAUGGUGGCCAGGGGAUCUCGAGUUUUUGGUACCAUUUAAUCGACCAAAGACAUUUGAAGGGAAUUGGCUUGAAAAAAUGAGAGAAUUGGUGGUUAUUUGCUACUCAUUCCAUAAAUGCGUAUUUUUGUUGCGGUUUUGCACGGAUUUGGCAUCGUACGAACCGGCGACCUUGAGGUUCAUAAACAACUACAACUCCACGACAUCUCUUUACCAACGACGUACGAAUAAACUGCUGGUAACGUUUCGAAACGAAAACAUGCUUUAUGACCAAGCGCCACAGAAUUCGAGCCGUAAGUACCUACUACCGAAAUUGGCCAAUUCGCUGCAACUUGAUAUACAAUCAGAGCAAAUGGUAGAACCUGCGUUUUUCGAUAUUUAUCUCUGUGAUGAUUGUGAUGCCGAGUUGUAUUCGUACGAUGCAUAUAUGGAGCACGAAAGGGUAUGUCUAACACCAAAAGCGACACUAGACGAAAGCGACGACGAUGACGUCAUUUAUUGUGGAAGUGAAAUGCUGCCAUCUCCGAUGCUACCUAAUGACAACAGAGCCGUUUCUAGUGCACAAAGCAUGGCAUCCUUCCUUUUAAACUUUAACCUAUCAAGCAGAAAUAAUCCUGUAUCAUUGCGAUCAGAUAGCAGUAGUAGUAAUUUAGUGAACAAUCAAAAUAUCAAUAUACUAGACGGAUCUCCUGAAAAGCUUCGACGUCUUCCACGACGACCAAGGGGUGUUGUAACCUUGUCCAAAUGUACUUCAAUACCCUUGUCAUCCCCAUGUGGGCAAUUUUUACUGAAGAGUAUUAAGACAGUAAUGUCUCAUGACUAUCGUAGAGAACGUUUGGAACGGUUAGAGCGAUUCUGUUUUGCACCACCACUGACUAAGGAUGGAACUGUGGUUACGAAUCGACCCAAAUGGAUGACUAGAAGUAGAGUUAACACAAAUAUUACAAUAUCUUACAAGAAAGGCUUUGACGAGCCAGCCGACCCUCACAGUUUCAAAUUUCCUCGUCGUCAAUUUUCUGUACAUUGUAAAAAGCGAAACUUUCUUUUUUACAAUAAACUGCUACUCAAUAAAUGCAAACCAUGCGCGAUUAAAUUGGAAAGACUGACAGCUCAAGAGAUUGAAAACCGAAAUAUCGAUAUUAGGUUAAAAAAGCUUAAUGUUGCCCAAUCGACGUUAUCGUUAGAGAAUCGAAAGAGUAUCUCGGAAGUUAAACAGGUAGUUGUAGAUUGUAUAGACCUAUGUUCUUCAGAAGACGGGGAGUCAGAUAUGAGAUAUGGGCAAAGUGACGGUUUUUUUAUUUCGGGAGAUCCUGUAAGUGAUGAUGUUAACAGUAUUCCACAGUUGAAUAAACAGAUUACCAAUAAAAAUAAAGCAACCAUAGAAGCGAACUCCAGCACACUGCCUCGUCUUCAAAAUACCAUCGAUGUGAAGUCGUUUCUGUAUCUAGAUGGUAGCAAAAGCAGCAAUCACAAGAUAUUUCGACCUCAAACACCAACACUGCAUCUCUUCUCUAGUAUAAGAAAUGCGACCACAGCAGGGAACUAUCCGCUACCGAUGCCAAAUGAUGCAAAUUUUGAUGCAUCGGAAUCUACGAGUGAGAUGAACCAUAUUCACCUUUCUAACAUGGAGAAUAUGACGGAAGUUAAGGAGAACCGCGUUAAUGAUUGGCUUAACGAUGCUGCCAUUUCCACAGAGAAUACGAUGCAUGUGCCCCAAUCGCAUUUACUUCUCACGUCGACUACCUCUUUGGCAUCCCGAGCACUUAGCCCUUGUUCGUUAGCAAAUGCAUCUCUAACGGUAACUAAAAACAACGGUAUCACUGCUUUAAAAUCAUUGCCGUCAAUUGUGAAGUUGACAAAUCCAACUGGUUCGGUUAACGUGGAUUCAGUCGUGAGACAGCGAACGGUUACUUCUGUUGACAUAAAGUAAAGUGAAAUUCGUUAUUUCCAUGUUAUUCACGAUAAGGAUGGAGCAUAGUUUCGUGGUGUUACCUGCAUUGAUUAAGAUGUAAUUAUGACUUUGAAUUGAGUGCGAACAAUGCGACCUAUCAUAUUAUUAGGGGACGAUUCCUUCACUGCGCUGUACUAUUGAACCAUGUUUAACGGUUCGUUGCACAUGUUUUAAAAGUAAAGCGUGGGUGUGGUUCACGGCCAUUAGUGUCGGAACUUUAUAUUCUUUGGAGUAAUGUUUAUUUAAAAAUAUUUAAAAUUUUAUUAUACAAAAAUCGACCGCAGAAGUCCGUAUUGAUAGAACUUGAUCCAUAUAAAUGACACAAAUAACUGAAAGCUGUAAUAAUAAUACAUUGUUUUUGAUGGAUAAAAUAAAGUGUGACAUCUGAUUAUUCAA